GAGUGUUGACAUGAAUAAUCAUCGUGAUCAUAUCUUCUUAUGGAUGAAAGAUUUAUGGAAUAAAUGGAGAGGACACUUGCAUGCAAAAUACGUGAAGGAUAAGCCAAUCCAACAUGCUCUUAAGAAUAUUCCAAAGGGAAUAGACAAGAAAGAAUGGGAGUGGUUAGUAAAGGAACAUUUUUCUUCAGAAAGUUUUCAGGCGAGAAGCAACAGGAAUGCGGCAAAUCGAGCUAAGUUGAAGAUGCUUCAUCAUAUUGGUAGCAAGCCUAUUCGUGAGAUCAUUUAUCAAAAGGGCGGAAAAGAUGGCAACCCACCGGAUUUGUCAACAAUUUUCUUUGAGACCCGUAAGAAAGAUAACAAGCUUGUUGAACCUGAAACAAUUGAAAAACAUGCUCAAAUCGAAGAAAUAGUUCAAGCAGAUCCAUCUCUACCUAGCAUAGAGAUUGUAGAAAAAUGUUGUGGACCUCAAACUCGUAGCCAUGUGUUUGGCUUUGGGGGUGGAGUGAAGGCGAAAGACUUGAAAGGUGGAACUUCUUCAAAGGCUGAAUUACUGUCCGCGCUACGUUCAACUCGAGAAGAAAAUAAAUCUUUGAAUGAGGAAAACAAAUCCUUGAAUGAGCGCUUGUCUACCUUAGAAGAUGAGAUGAAAGAAAUGAGUAAAAUAAGAGAGUUCUUCGCUGCUCAACAAUCACAUGUCCCGCUUACAACGACAUCGCCCGUUUCAACUGAAUGACCUCUGUUUUUGUCUGCUGACCAAGUUAGUAACAAUAUACCCAACUUUUUAUUUUUUAUUCAUGAUUUGCAUAUAGUCAAUUUCUAUAUUACAUAUUUGUUUGUCUUCACCCUUCUGAAAGGAGAACCAUUUAAAAUUCCCAUAGUUUUUGUUCAAUGCCCAA